AUGCCAAUAUCUGAAAGCAAGAAGUGCGGUUGUAAACCAGGAUCACAAGUACCUGAUCCCGUGGAUUGCAGAAAAUUUUAUGUGUGCACGCGAGGUAACUAUAUACAUAGUACAUGUCGGCGUCCUUCGGGGUAUUUCAGCAGCCGCAGUAGACGUUGUGUCGAACUCAGCCAGUCAGAUUGUAACUUAAAAACGCGAAAGGGCCGUGAUUCUUAUUCACCAGAAUGUGUGGAUGGCGAAAGAAUUAUGGACCCGGAGAGUAGUGGAGGAUUCUAUUUAUGUGAAUGGGGGGUGAAUGUUCGUUAUGAAUGUCCUUCUCGACAUCAUUUCAGCAAAAAAAUGGGUCGGUGUGUACGGAGUGCCUGAUGGGGUUUGUUCUUCCAAUAUAUCCGGGAAUUCAGCAAAAGUAAGAUUCUUUCAAUAAAGCGAUUUUUAGAUAAUUUAUG